AUGAUGAGAGGAAUCCUCCUAUCCAUCGUGUUUGGUCAGUGCCUGCGAUUUGCACAAGCUGCCCAUUCCUGUGCUUCAGACCAGUUCACCUGUGUGCAGGGCAAAGAAUGCAUCUCCAUACUGUUCGUGUGUGACGGCGAGGAGGACUGUCCAGACGGCUCGGAUGAGCAGAGAACUUGCAAUGGCCAGGAGUGUGCUCCCAGCCAGUUCACAUGCCAGGAGGGCCAGUGUAUCCCGGGAAACUUCCGCUGCGACAGAGUCCAGGACUGUGUGGAUGGUUCGGAUGAACACAACUGCAACUACCCGAGCUGCUCUCAGCUGACCUGUGCUAAUGGAGCUUGUUACGACCACUCCCAGCACUGCAAUGGCAUCCAGAACUGCAGAGAUGGCUCUGACGAAGCCAACUGCACCCAGCACUGCCCAAUGCACCAGUAUCAGUGCAACAAUGGCUUCUGUGUCCCCUUGUCUUUUGUCUGUGACCACUGGGAUGACUGCGGUGACGACAGCGAUGAGCAUGGCUGUGAGUAUGGGAGCUGCAGUGGCAGCGAGUUCACCUGCGCCGGCGGGCGCUGCAUUGCCCACACCUGGGUGUGCGACGGGUUCAACGACUGUGGGGACUACAGCGACGAGAAGGGAUGUGAUACUGGCUCUCGGGAUUGCUAUCCUGGGGAGUGGCCCUGCCCCGGAUCUCUGUUCUGUGUCCCAGUCAGCAAGGUGUGUGAUGGCCAUGUUGACUGCCCAGGUGGAACUGAUGAGACCAACACCACAGCACACCUGACAUGUGGGCUGGAGAGUUGCUCCUUGCUGAGCUGUGAGUUUCGCUGCCACCCCUCGCCUCAGGGGGGAGCCUGCUAUUGUCCUGAUGGCUUUAUCGUAGCCAACGACAGCCGGACGUGUGUCGACUAUGAUGACUGUAACAUCUGGGGGAUGUGUGACCAGUUCUGUGAGGAUCGAUCUGGCACACAUGUCUGUAGCUGCGCCAGUGGGUACUUUCUAGAACAGGGACGUCACUGCAAAGCCAAUAACUCAGCUGGCCUCCCCCAACUCAUUUUCUCUAAUGGCCGAGACGUGAUGAUUGGGGACGUUCAUGGCAGGAACAUGCGGGUUCUGGUCCAUUCGCAGGGCAAAGGGCGGGCUGUGGGAGUCGAUUACAGCUGGGUGAGCCAGCGCCUCUUCUGGACAGAUAAAACCAGCAAGAAGGUGUACUCCAUAAAAUAUGAUGGGACAGAUAUGACAGAGGUCCUCUCGAUGUCCAUAGACAGUCCAGAGAACAUCGCUGUGGACUGGAUCAACUUCAAACUGUAUGUGGUUGAGAGCGCAGUCGACAGGGUUGACCUUUGUGACUACAAUGGUGGAAACAGGGUCACCCUGAUAGCAGAGAACCUCCAGAACCCUCAUGGACUGGCUCUGGAUCCCACAGUGGGGUACAUGUUCUUCACAGACAAGAGCAAUUUUAACAAUGAGCCCAAGUUGGAGAGAGCCUUCAUGGAUGGCAGUAACAGGCUGGAUCUAGUGAAGUCAAAGCUGGGAUCACCAUCAGGAAUAUCGCUGGACAUCCUCACCAAGAGAGUAUACUGGACAGACAGCCACUAUGACUACAUUGAAACAGUUGACUACAAUGGCUUAGACAGGAAAUCCAUUCUGAGUGGGGGUGCAGAUGUGCCCCAUCCCUAUGGAGUGGCACUGUUCGAGAACCACGUCUUCUUCACCGACUGGACCAAGAUGGGGGUGAUUCAGGCGAACAGGUUUAAUGGGAGCAAUCCCAAGCUGCUGUAUCGCACCACAGACCAGCCCAACCACUUGGUCAUCUCUCACUCCGUCCUGCAGCCUUUCGUUAUUAAUCCAUGUGGGCGCCACAAUGGAGGCUGCCAGCAGAUCUGCGUGCUGAGCCACAGGACUGACAAUGAUGGCCUGGGCUUUCGCUGCAAGUGUAGGAUGGGCUAUGACCUGCAGCCUGACAGGCGUACCUGUUUCAAGGUGAAGAAGUUUCUCCUGAUGUCCUCUGGUGUUGCUGUCCGGGGGAUCCCACUGAAUGUGUCCACGCAAGAGGACAUUAUUCUACCCCUGACUGCCAGUCCUUCCUUCUUCACUGGCGUGGAUUAUGAUGGCAAAGAGGAGACCAUCUACUUUGCUGACAGAAUGCGGGGAGUUGUGUAUCAGGCUGGGGUCAAUGGCACAGGUAUGCAGGUUCUGAAUGGCCAUCGUACAGGUUUUAUUGAGUGCCUGGCCUUCGACUGGACCUCCAAGAUUCUGUACUGGACAUCCACUUCCUUUCGGCUGAUUGCCGCCUACAGAGUGACGGACAAGUCGCGUCGAGACAUUGUCCAGGAUCUUCGAAAUCCCCGUGCGAUUGUGGUGCAUCCAAGGGCAGGCUACCUCUUCUGGUCAGACUGGUAUCGGCCUGCCACCAUCAUGAGGGCCUGGGGUGAUGGCACGAAUGCUCAACCCAUUGUCAACACGACUCUGGGCUGGCCUAAUGGUCUGGCCAUCGACUACAUGGUGGACAGGAUUUACUGGGUGGACGCUCUGCUCGACCGGAUUGAGCACAGUGACCUGAAUGGUUUGGACAGACGGACGUUCUCGAACCUGGGACAGAUCACCCAUCCCUACAGUCUAUCUUUACACCUGGAUCACCUCUACGUUUCCGACUGGAGGACCAGCACUGUGUACCGUUUGCGGAAGAGGGAUGGCGGCAGCCUCUUGCCCAUGCGCCGGGGGGUCCCGGACCUCAUGAGUGUGAAGGUGUACAGUGCUGACGUUCAGACAGCUAUCAACAGCCAGUGCAAUGGGGCGCUCACCCCCAAUGGCCUCUGCAGUCACUUCUGCUUUCCAGUGCCAUUCAGUCGCCACUGUGGCUGUCCCUAUGGCAUGAAACUCCAGCAGAACCAUCGCGACUGCAUCCCGGAUGACUCUGUGGAGCCCCCCGAUCAGAGCUGUGGGGCGUACUCCUUUCCCUGUGAUGAGGGCCGCUGCAUUCCCAACUCCUACAGAUGCGACGGCAUCCAAGACUGCCAUGACAAGUCAGAUGAGGCCAACUGCACCGCCCCCGGAAUGACGUGCUCUCCGAUCGCCUUCACCUGUGGGAACCGCCACUGCAUCCCCUCCGCCUGGCGCUGUGAUGGCCAGGACGACUGUGGAGACGGGACGGACGAAGACCACUGCCCCACCAAGGGGCCGGUCUCCUGCCGGGAUGGCUACUACAGGUGUGACAACGGCAGAUGUAUCCCCAGCGCCUGGCUGUGCGACACCGAGAACGACUGUGAAGACGGAUCUGACGAGCGCAACUGUGAUGUGUCUGGGACCUGCCGUCCUGGCCAGUUCCUGUGCCCCGAUCAUCGCUGCAUUUCGGACGUGUAUGUGUGUGAUGGAGACCUGGACUGUGCAGAUGGCUCAGAUGAGAAGGACUGCGUGUUCAGAUGCCCUGUGACUCAGUUUGCCUGCUCCAGUGGAAACCAGUGCAUCCUGAUGAGCUACAGGUGUGAUGGCGUGUUCGAUUGCAGGGACCACUCCGACGAAUUGGGAUGUCCCACCCGGGCCCCGGGGAUGUGCCACGACCAUGAGUUCCAGUGCCAGGGUGAUGGUUUCUGCAUCCCUGAGAGCUGGGAGUGUGACCGGCAUCCAGACUGCCAGGAUGGCUCCGACGAGCACAGGGGGUGUCCGCCGCACACCUGCCGCCCCAACUACUUCCUGUGCGACAAUGGGAACUGUGUGUUCGAAGCCUGGGUGUGCGACGGCGAAAACGACUGUCGGGACCUGAGCGACGAGCGGCACUGCCCCACGCCCCCCUUCAGCUGCCCCAGCGGUCAGUGGCUCUGCCCCACCGACCAGGUGUGCGUCUCCAUCGACCGGCUGUGCAACGGGCAGAGAGACUGUCCAGAUGGAGCGGACGAGUCUCCCAGCUGCAAUGAGGACGACUGCUCGGUUAACAAUGGGGGCUGCACUGGUGGCUGUGUGCAGGGGCCUUUUGGAGCCCAGUGCACCUGCAGUCCUGGGUACCAGUUGCUGAACGACUCCAAGACCUGUGUGGACAUUGACGAGUGCCAGAUCCCUGGGACCUGCAGCCAGGCUUGCUACAAUGAGCGUGGCUCCUUCCGGUGCUACUGCGAGGAUGGUUAUACUCUAGAGUCUAAUGGCAGAGUCUGCAAAGCAACAGAUCCAAGGGAUGCUUUACUCCUCGUCACCAGGAGGAACCAGAUCAUCUCAGAUAAUAUCAGUGCUCAGCCCAACAUCAUCCAGCCUGUGAUUCUAGGUGGAUCAGAUAUUGUGGCAGUGGAUUUUGACAGGGUCACCAGCAGAAUCUAUUGGGCAGAUGCAUCACAGAAGAAAAUCUGGAGUGCUUUGCAGAAUGGUACUGACACCAAAGAGGUCUUUUCCAGUGGGGUGACGGCACCAGAGAGCAUUGCCAUUGACUGGGUGGGCAGGAACCUCUACUGGACUGACUCACUGCUGGAGGUGAUCGAGGUGUCCACUCUGGAAGGCAGAUUCCGCACUGUUCUGCUGAGUGACAACAUCACCAGUCCACGAGGGCUGGCUCUGGACCCACGAAACCACACCAAUCUGAUGUUCUGGACUGACUGGGGUCAGAACCCGAGGAUAGAGAGGGCAAGCAUGGACGGAACCAUCCGCAGAACCAUCCUCACCCACAAAGUGUACUGGCCAAACGGUCUGGCCAUCGACUACCCCACUCGCCGGCUGUACUUUGCAGAUGCUUACCUGGAUUACAUUGAUUACUGUGACUACGAUGGCAACAACCGCCAGCAAGUCUUUGCCAGUGACUUGAUCCUGCAGCACCCUCAUGGCAUGACUGUGUUUGAGGACUAUGUAUAUUGGUCUGAGAGGUACACCAGCAAAGUCAUCAGGGCUAACAAGUGGCAUGGGCAAAACCAAACGGUUAUGCUGAACAACGUUUACCAGCCCAUGGGCAUCGUGCUGGACCACCCUGUCAAACAGCCUGCAGCUUGGAACCCUUGUCUGAACCAUCAGUGCAGUCAGCUGUGCCUGCUGGCGGGCAUAAGGCCUCGGUACUACUCCUGCGCCUGCCAGUCUGGCUGGCAUCUUGGCAGUGAUGGACGCACAUGUGAGAAAGACAACACCCCUUUCUUAAUGGUUCUCCGAGACACCACCAUCUUCGGCAUCCCUCUGGAUCCUAACAACACUAAUGACAACGCCAUGAUCCCCGUGAUGGGUAUCAGUCAUGGGCAGGACCUGGACUUUGAUGACCAGGAGCAGUAUGUGUACUGGGUACAGAACCCUGGAGCCAUUCACCGAGUGAAGACUGAUGGCACCAACAGAACGCAGUUCGCUCCAGCAGCAGUGAUUGGUUCUCCUUCUGGCUUAGCUUUUGAUUGGAUAAGUCGGAUGAUGUAUUACACCAAUCCCACCGGCCAGUCCAUUGAGGUGAUCAGGGUGGACGGAGAGCAGCACUACAGAAAGACAAUAAUCGCCAACACUGGGAAGCCUGAAGGGGCUGGAGAGCCGAUUGGAAUCGCUCUGGAUCCAGCCAGAGGGAGGCUGUUCUGGACAGACCGAGGGACAAGCCGCAAUGUCCCUCCCAAGGUGGCCACAGCAGAGAUGGAUGGCAGCAGCCCCAGAAACCUGUACACCGGCAGACUGGAGCACGUCGAGUUCAUCGCCGCCGACCUUGCAGAGAGCAAGCUGUACUGGGGAGUCACCAGCACUGGAGUGAUCGAGUGUGGGACAAUGGAUGGUGUGAGUCGUACAACAAUCGUGCACAGGCUCUCUCGUCCCUGGGGUGUGGCUGUUCACCAGAGCUUCCUGUACUACACCGACCUGGACUAUGAGGUCAUCGAGAGAGUAGACAAGGCCAGCGGAGCCAACAUGGUGGUGAUGAGGAGUGGCAUGCCUGGAGUGAAGGCUCUCAAAGUCCAUUACAGAGAUGAUUCAUCUGGAAGCACCAAUGCCUGCAGCUCCAGCAAUGGAGGGUGCCCACACCUCUGCCUGCCCAAGCCCAGUGGACAGAAGACGUGUGCUUGCACCACUGGGUUUGUGCCCUCCCAGGCUGGUGCCAGCUGUGUGCAGUACGACUCCUUCGCUGUGGUGUCCACUCUCACUGAAAUCCGAGGCUUCCACAUCAAUAGCUCCGACCACUCUGAGGCCAUGGUGCCUGUCUCACAGUUCACUUACUCUGAGGUUAACAAGACAGAUGUGCACGUGGCCUCUGGGUUUGUUUAUUGGUCAGACAACAGCAUCUAUUCCUCCUACAAGGGCAUCUUCCGGGUGAGAACUGAUGGCUCACAGUAUGCCCCCAUCGUCAGCUCUGGAAUUGGAAGGAAUGGGAUACUGGGCAUUGCUGUGGACUGGGUCGCGGGUAAUCUCUACUUCACCAAUGCCUUCGAGACCCAGACCUACAUUGAGGUUCUCCGACUGAACACCACGUACCGCCUGGUUCUGCUGAAGAGCAGUGUGGACAGGCCCCACGACAUUGCUGUCAGCCCACGCCUGCGCUACAUAUUCUGGACCGAUGGGGGCCAGACGCCCAAGAUCGAGAGAGCGUUCCUUGAUGGAAGGAACAGGACAGUCCUGGCAUCUGAGAGCCUGGCAACACCACAGGGCCUGACGGUAGACUACACUAGUGACUACCUCUACUGGACUGAUGACACCCUUGACCUGAUCUCCUGCAUGCGCUUCGAUGGCACCCAGCGUCAGAUCGUCCGCUUCGGCAGCCGCUACCCCUCUCCUUGUGGCAUCUCUAUUUUUGGCAACUAUAUGAUCUGGGUGGACCGCAACCUGCGAAGGGUGUACCAGGCCAGCAAGCAGCCAGGGAACUCCGAUGCCCCGGAAGUGAUCCGUGACAACCUCAGUGACCUGACGGAUGUGACCGUCUUUGACGCCCAUGUCCAGCCCCUCUCAGCCAACCUGGUGGGUUUUAAUCCCUGCUUGGAAGACCAUGGCCGAUGCCAGCAGAUCUGCUUCGCCCUGCCCGAGAUCGCUCAGCCGCAGUGCGGGUGUGCCCACGGCAGUCUCCUGAGCAAUGGGGUGUCAUGUGGGUAUGGUCUGGACGAGUUCCUCAUCUACACCACAGAUUACUCGAUCCACAGUGCCCGACUGGAUCCAGAAGACCACAGCCUGCCCUUUACCCCUGUCACACUGAGCUACAGUGUGGUCGCCCUGGACUUUGACUUCCAGGACAAGAGGAUCUACUUUGCCCAGAGCAAUGGCUAUCGCUACAGCAAGAUUGGAUACUUCAGCACCACGUCCCCUUCCAUCUCCCCAGUCAUUGUGGAAUCUGAUCUGAAUGACCCGAAAGGACUAGCGUUCGACUGGAUUAACAAGAGGAUCUACUUCAGCAACUAUUACAAUAAGAGCAUCCAGGCCAUGGGACUGGAUGGACAGAACCGAACCCACAUUGCCCACGUCCUGGGCCCACAGGCCAUUGUGUUGGAUCCUUGCUAUGGGUACAUGUACUGGACAGACUUGAGCUUCCCAGCGAAGAUUGAGCGUGCCACCUUGGGGGGCAGUUUUAGGGUCUCCAUCAUCAACAGCAGUUUGUCUCGACCUAGUGGACUGUCUAUUGAUUAUGAGGAGAGGAUGCUUUACUGGGCAGAUGCUUACCUGGAUAAGAUCGAACGCUCCUCGCUGACGGGUCAGGACAGAGAGGUGGUUCUGAGCAACCUGCACAGCCCCUUCGCCAUGACCGUGUACCAGCAGCACAUCUUCUGGACCGCCUGGGACACUCGCAGCAUCUACAGGGCUAACAAGGACGAUGGCUCUGGAGUCACGGCAGUGAUCCAGGAUCUACUGUACAAGCCCAAUGACAUCCAGGUGGCAGCCCCUUCCAAGCAGGAGAGCUGCUCCAGUCCCUGUCAGAAGUUCAACGGGGGCUGCAGCCAUGUCUGUGUACCAGGACCCUCAGGCCCAGAGUGUCAGUGCCCCCUGGAGGGCAAGUGGUAUCUGGCAAACAACGGCAAGGACUGUGUGCAGGAUGGGGGCACCAGGUGUGCCCAGGGCCAGUUCACCUGUCUGAAUGGCCGGUGUAUUUCUCAGCGCUGGAAGUGCGAUGGGUACAAUGACUGCCUCGAUGGCUCAGAUGAGUUGGAAAGAGUGUGCGCGUUCCACACCUGCUCCCCCAUGGACUUCACAUGCGACAGCGGCCGCUGCGUGUCCCUGUCCUACGUCUGCGACUACGUGAACGACUGUGGGGACAACAGUGACGAGCAAGGCUGUCCUUUCCCCACCUGCGACCCCGCCACGGAGUUCACGUGCAGCAAUGGCCGCUGCAUCAGCAAGCACUUCGUCUGCGACGGGUUCGACAACUGCCGCGACAACGCCACUUCUGACGAGAGGAACUGUCCGGACAGAACCUGCCCCUCAGGGACCAUCAAGUGUGAGACCACCAACAUCUGCAUCUUCCCCAGCACUCUGUGUGAUGGCUACAACAACUGUGGAGACAACAGUGAUGAGAACCCCAUCUACUGCCAUGAAAGGACCUGUGCACCUGAUGAGCACAGGUGUGACUCUGGCAAAUGUAUCCCUUCCUACUGGGUGUGUGAUAACGUCAUUGACUGUCAGGAUGGUUCAGAUGAACCUCCUUCAUGUGAGGACAUUACCAGAACCUGCCACUCAGACCAGUUCACCUGUGUCAAUGGGAACUGCGUCCCUGAGUCGCUGGUGUGCGACGGGAACAAUGACUGUGGAGAUGUGAGCGAUGAGGCCCCUGAACUCCAGUGUGAGCUGAGGACCUGCAGCCCGGAUCAGUUCUCCUGCCCCCCGGCCUCGUCCCCUGGCCCUCGCUGUGUCCCGCAGGCCUGGGUGUGUGACGGAGACCGAGACUGUGCCGAUGCUGCCGACGAGCUCCAGAACUGCCCCAACCGCACCUGCCACAUGAACGAGUUCCGCUGCGCCAACGGGCUGUGUAUUUUAAUGGGCUUCCACUGUGACAGGGUGAACGACUGUGGGGACGGCAGCGACGAGCGCGGCUGCAAGUAUCCCCCCUGCACCGCGCAGCAGUUCACCUGCCAGAACGGGGCCUGCAUCAGCACUUCCUAUGUCUGCGAUGGGGAGUACGACUGCCUGGACCACUCGGACGAGCUGGACAGCCUGUGUCGCAGCCCCCAGCCCACCUGUGCCCCGGGGCAGUUCCAGUGCCGCUCCGGGGAAUGUAUCGACAUCAACAAAGUUUGCAACCGGGAGAGGGACUGUCCUGACGACAGUGAUGAGAAGGGCUGUGGUAUUAAUGAAUGCACAAAUCCAGCCAUCAGCCAGUGUGCCCAGACCUGCACAGACACCCUGACCAGCUACUAUUGCUCCUGUCUGCCUGGGUACCGGCUCAUGCCCGAUGGCAAGGCCUGUGAGGACAUCAAUGAGUGCACUGAGACCCCCUGGGUGUGCAGCCAGAUCUGCGAGAACGCAGUGGGCUCCUUCUUCUGCAAGUGCGCCCCAGGCUACAUCCGAGAGCCAGAUGGGCGCACCUGCCACCAGAACAGCGGCAUCCAGCCCUACCUGCUCUACAGUAACCGCUACUACAUCCGCAACCUCACCACCGAUGGCAGCUCAAUGUCUGUGGUGUUGCAGGGCCUCUCCAAUGCUGUGGCCCUGGACUUUGACCACUACGAGCAGAGGCUGUACUGGAUCGACUACGGCAGGGGGAAGAUCGAACGCAUGUUCUUCAAUGGCACCGGCAGGGAGGAUGUAAUAGCCCACGAUGUGCCUGAGGGAGAGGGGCUGGCUAUUGACUGGGUGGGCAGGAAGAUGUACUGGGUAGAUGCCAACCAAGAUGCCCUGCAUGUGUCCGAGCUGGACGGCCGGUUCCGGAAAAGGCUCCUGAGUGGCUGUCUACCCCCUAACAACACCUUCUGCUUUGCAAACCCCCGUGCAGUGGCGGUGAAUCCAAAAGUGGGGUGGCUCUACUGGACAGACUGGGGCAACAAGGCCUUUAUUGGCAGGGUGGGCAUGAAUGGCAAGGAGGCAUCGGCCAUCAUCACAACCAAGCUGGCGUGGCCAAAAGCCCUGACCAUAGACUACACUACGGACAAGAUUUUCUUUGCUGAUGCCCAUCUUGACUACUUGGAGUAUGCCGAUGUGGACGGCCGGAACCGGCACGCGGCCAUCGCGGGCACUCUGCCACACCCCUUCGCCGUCACCCUGUUCGAGGACAUGGUGUACUGGACGGACUGGAACACCCACACUGUGGAGCGGGCUCACAAGUUCACGGGGCAGGGCCGGGCCUCCAUGGUCAACAACACACACCGGCCCCACGACAUCCGCGUCUACCACCCCUACAGACAGCCGCGCAUGGAGAGCCCAUGUGAGAAGAGCUCUACCCAGUGCAGUCACCUGUGUCUGAUCGCUCCGGGGGGCCGGCUCUCGUCCUGCGAGUGUCCCGACCACUUCGUCGCCAUCUUCAUCGGCUUCACCAUCCAGUGUGUGGCCGACUGCUCCAGCACCCAGUUCCGCUGUGGAGACAAUGAAAAGUGUAUUCCUAUUUGGUGGAAGUGUGAUGGCCAAUCAGACUGCGGGGAUGGCUCAGAUGAACCCCGGUCCUGCCCGACUCGCUACUGCCCCCUAGGCCAGUUUCAGUGCUAUGAUGGAAACUGCAUCAUCCCUCACCUUCUGUGCAACAAGCACAACGACUGUCAUGAUGGAUCUGAUGAGGACCCAGCCCUUUGCAGCGAUCACCGCUGUGAGGAGAGCCAGUUCCAGUGCGCCAAUAAGCAGUGCAUCCCUCUCUCCGGGCACUGCGACGGCAUCGCAGACUGCGCCGAUGGCAGUGAUGAAAACGUCCAGGAGUGCCCUUCCAAGACGUGCCUCCCCGGGGAGUUCCAGUGUGCCAACAGGCGCUGCAUCCCGCAGGCCUACGUGUGCGAUGUGGAAGACGACUGCGGGGACAACUCUGACGAGCCCGAUGAGUGCAAUGGUCCCGAGCACAGGUGUGAUGGAGAGACAGAAUUUUCCUGUAAGACCAAUUACCAGUGCAUCCCCCAGUGGGCUGUCUGCAAUGGGAGAUAUGAUUGUGUGGACAACAGCGAUGAAGAGGACUGCGAGAGCGUGACCUGCCACCCUCAGGGAGAUUUCCGCUGCGACAACCACCUGUGCGUCCCUGUGCGCUGGCGGUGUGAUGGCAAAGACGACUGCGGGGACGGCUCCGACGAGCACGACUGCGUGCCACGAGAUUGCACAGAGAGUGAGUUCCGAUGCAGCAACCAGCUGUGCAUCCCAGGAGCCUGGGUCUGCGACUAUAACAACGACUGUGGGGACAACUCGGAUGAGCACGACUGUGAGCUGAAGAAGUGUCUUCCCGGCUCAUUCCAGUGCGACUCAGGUCAUUGCAUCUCCUCCUCUCUGCAGUGCGAUGGGCGGCCAGACUGCUCGGACUUCACAGACGAGACCAUGUGCCCGACACGCUAUCCUGGGGGAAGAUGGUGCCCACCAACCCAGUUUGAGUGUCACAACCACAUCUGUGUCAGCAAGAGCUGGGUGUGUGAUGGGUACGAUGACUGUGGGGACCAGUCAGAUGAGCAGCUUGGACUCUGCUUGACCCUCCCCUGUGAGCCGCCGGGGAGAUUCCGCUGCAGCAAUGGCUACUGUAUCUACGCUGGGAUGAUAUGCAAUGGCAAAAAUGAUUGUGGUGACAGCAGUGACGAAACAGAAGACCUGUGCCGGGAGCCCACUCCUGCACCCUGUACGCUCCAGGAGUUCAAGUGUGCAAACAGACGCUGCGUACCACUGACACACGUCUGCGACCACGUCGACAACUGCGGGGACCUGUCGGACGAGCUGGGCUGCAACUUCGGUCACAACCGCAGCUGCGAGGAGAAACUGUGUGAGCACAACUGCACCAGCCUGAGUGGAGUGGGCUUCAUCUGCUCCUGCCGGCCAGGCUUCUCUGUGGACCCCAAGAACCCCUUCAACUGCAACGAUAUCAACGAGUGUGACAUUUACGGAACCUGCCCUCAGGACUGCAGGAACAUGAAGGGCAGCUAUGAGUGUCUGUGCGCCUCGGGCUACAGGAAGGUGGGAGCAGGGAGUGAGUGUGAAGCAGAAGGAGCCAGCCCUUUGAUGUUGCUCCCGGAGAACAUUCGAAUCCGGAAAUACAACCUGAUGUUGGAGGAGUAUCGCGACUACAUCGAGGACCAGGAGCACAUAGUAGCUUUGGACUAUGACUGGGACCACAACAACACAGGGCACAGCAUGGUUUACUUCACAAUAGAGGGGAAGGGUACCAGUGAGGGAGCCAUCAAAAGAGCCUACCUGCCCACUGAGGACAGUGACCACAGUAACAAUGCUGCUGUGGCCUUGGCUCUUAACCUCAAAUACAUUAUGAAGCCCAACGGCAUUGCAGUGGAUUGGGUAGGAAGAAACCUUUACUGGGCAGAUGCAGGCAAGAAGAGGAUAGAGGUGGCAUUGCUGGAUGGGCGCUACAGAAAACACCUGAUCAAAUCGGGCAUUGAUGAGCCUACUGCCCUGGCAGUGAACCCCAGGCUGAGGAUGAUGUACUGGACUGACUGGGGCAACACCCCGAAGAUUGAGAGUGCCUGGAUGGAUGGACAGCAGAGGAAAGUCCUGGUGGACAGUCAGUUAGGAUGGCCUACAGGACUAUCCAUUGAUUAUGCCAAUAACGACCGCAUCUACUGGUCUGAUGCUAAGGAGAACCUCAUAGAAUCCAUCCUGCCAUCUGGAGAAGACCGGCGUAUUGCCUUGUAUAUGGAUUUGAAGAAUCCCAUAAGCCUGAGUGUGUUUGAAGAUCAGAUUUACUGGAGCACUCGAGAAAAAGGAGAAGUGUUCAGGCAGCACAAGUUUGGGAAAGGGUCAAAGGUCAAACUGUUGACUGCUGGCCCAUGGCUGACCCAAGUAAACAUCUAUCAGCAGCAGAAAUACAAUGGCAAAGACAUCAGUAACCCAUGCAAAGGAAAUUGCAGCCACCUGUGCCUUUUGCAGCCCAGGGGGUAUUCAUGUGCAUGCCCAGAGGGCACAAACUUCUUCCUGGGCAGCUUCAUGAUCUGUGAUGCAGGGUCCGAUCCUGUGCCUCCCACACCUCCCCUGUGUCUGUGUAAGAAUGGCGCCACCUGUUACUACGACGAUGGUCAAGCCAAGUGCAAGUGUGCUCAUGGUUGGCAUGGAGAUUUCUGCCAGAUAGGAGAGAACCAUCACUUUCAGCAGUCAGUGGGUCUUGCUGUGGGAGUGUCCCUGGCCGUGCUGGUUCUGUUGGCAUGUCUGGUCUAUGCCGCCCAAACCAAAUCCAGGCUCAGGUCGGUCAUGAGCUACGACAGCAUCGUCAGUUUCUUCAGGAAUCAUACACAACACUUCAGUCCCUCCAAUGUCUCACACACAGCAGAGGUGGCAGUCUACUUUGUAAACCUCAGUCCGCAGCAAGUGACUGCAGAUGCUGAAGCACAAAACGGAGAGAACUUUGACAACCCAGUGUACUCCUCUUUGACUGUUAACGGAGAGGUACCAAACUCUGCUACCAACACAUCCACCAAGAUCCAAGGUUUAUUCAAGGAUAAUUUGCCCAGUGACGCUUUUGACAAUCCGUUUUAUGAGGAUUCAGCAAACAAGAAUGCGGAGAAUCAGUAAUUAAAUUCUGUGGGAAAAUACAGGUCUGUGCAAUCUGGAAGUUUCACCUGCUGUAAUUACGGAAAUACGUUACACCUACUGCAAAGCACUUCACUUGGAACUGCGGAAUACCAUCAGAAGGUUAUUGCGAGACCCAGUCUAUGACUUUGUAACUGUGUAAUUAAUUCUUUAUAUUUGUCUUAUACAGUAAAUGGACUCAUUGUAACAAUUCUGAAAUAAAUGAUUUGAUUCCUUA